CUCGGCAACAUCAGGUGUCUUGGAAAUUGUCUUGGCGAUUAUGACCAUCUCAAAAAGAUUGCGAUCAUCGAUUUUGUACAGAAAUUCAUUCAGAAAUGGUGCAUUGAAAAUUCAGGGGCAUAACUCUUUUGUCGUUGUCUUCGUCGACUACUUUUUAAGACCUUUUGAAGUUUGACUUUCUUUAGCUUUGUAGAAGUGCUGAAGUUUCAGCUACUGCUUGAAAUGCAAUAGCGAGUGUAUUCCGGUCAUUUUUUUCUUCCGCUGUAAUGUCCAUAAUAUGUGAAUUGUGCCCCUUCGACGGUAGUUUUUUGGCGCGAAAAUAUGUUGACAUGUACCAGUGAUAAGAUGGAUUUUUAUCCUCGUAAAGAAUUUCAUCCGCGUUCUCGGACAAGUAAAAUAAAAAGACACAGCUUUGAAUCCUAAAAUUGUUUAUCAAAUUAUUUUUUGUACAUUAUUUUGUGCUUGAUGAUGUUUAAUUGUUAAUUUAUUCAAUUCGAAAAUGGCCAUAGACAAAGGAAAAUUAAGACAGUAUUUAGCCGGCUUUAUCGCGUCCAUCGGCUCGGCGUGCUUCGGAGUCGCGAUGGGCUGGCCGGCGCCGGUGAUGUGGGCGCUGCGGGACCCCCGAGGCCGGAUCCGGAUGACGGCGGAGGAGAGUUCCUGGAUGGUCUCGAUCAUGGAGCUGGGCAACCUCCUCUCGCCGAUCCCCGGCGGGGUCCUCGCCGACCGCUACGGGCGCAAGUUCGUCCUCCACCUAGCCGCCCCGCUCUUCGCCGCCUCCUGGAUCAUCGUCCUCCUCUCCAAGGCCAAGCUCAUGCUCUACGCCAUGCGGGUGCUCCAGGGGCUCGCCACCGGACUCGUCUUCACGCUCACGCCCAUGUAUCUCGGCGAAAUCUCCAAGAAGGAGCAUCGUGGAACUAUAGGGAGCAUGUUCUCGGUGAUGAUGUACGUGGGCUCGCUGUACGCCUACGUGUUCGGACCGCCGUUCUCCUACGACGUCUUCGCCAUGAUCUGCCUGGCCAUGCCGACCGUCAUGUUCUUCGGGUUCAUGUUCAUCCCCGAGACGCCCUACUUCUACCUCAUGGUCGGCGACCUCAAGGCCGCGCGCAAGUCUCUCGCCUUCUUCCGAAGCAAGGACGACCCGAUCGAAGAAGAGCUCCUCCUCAUGCAGGAGUCCGUCGAGACCGACAUGGCCAACAAGUCCACAUUCAUGGACCUCAUGACCGAGGUCGGGAACCGCAAGGCGCUCAUCAUUCUCCAGGUGCUCUCCAUGUUCAAGAUAAUGACCGGGAUCUGCGCGCUGCUGACCUACGCGACGAUGACGUUCGAGGAGACGGGGACCCGGUGCGACGCCAACCUCAUCUCCAUCUCCUUCGCGGUCAUCAUCGUCGUCUCGACGAUUGCCUCCGCGGGCUUCGUCGACCGCUGCGGCCGCCGCCCGAUGCUCCUCAUCUCCUCCGCCGGCCUCACCCUCACCAACGUCCUCAUCGCCCUCUACUUCUACGAGCUCCGCCUCCUCCCGCCCCUCAGCGACUACGCCUUCAUCGUCUUCGCCGCCGUCGGGGCGCUUGCUUGCUUCCACACCAUCGGGUACGGCGCCGUCCAUUCUACUAUCCAGUGCGAGUACUUCCCGUCCAACACGCGCGGCCUGGCCAACGGGAUCACGGCCGUCACGCUGACCGUGUUCUCCUUCUUCACGCUGAAGAUCUUCCAGUCGAUCGACACGUAUUUCGGGAUGUACAUGAAUUUCAUCGUCUUCGCCGCGUUUUGCUUCAGCGCCAGCGUCUUCGUCAACGAGGUCGUCUUCGAGACGAAGGGGAAGUCCUUCUCGGAGAUCCACGCCGAGUUCAGGAACCGAGUUUCAGAGCCCUACGUCGACGAGCACCACGUCGUCACCGUCUGAAUCAGUGACCAAUCUCGAAUGUUAGGGACUCUGAGUUCCGUCUGUUUUAUAAUCCUGCACUGAAAAAAAAUUCUCGGCGUUUUUACCAAGGUCCGUUGGUACCUUUACCAUCUCACUUUUUUUACCAAUUAUUGGUAAUUUUACCAAGACAGACUGGUAAACUUACCUAAAAACCGG